AUGUCAACUAACUUUGUUUGUCUUGAAAAUUUAAAAACAGAUAAUAUACCAGAUUCAAGAUCUUCCUCAAUAUCAACAAUACACUUAUCAGAUGAUGAGGGAUGUAAAACACCAACUAAUUUUAAUGAUGAUAUUUUUGAGCCAUCAUCUACUGAUAAAGAAAGUUCAACUUACUCUAGUGAUAGGUCACAAGUGACAAAUUAUGAAGGAAGUUAUAGGGAAAAUUUAGGAAGUACAAUACCACCACCAGCAUCUAUUAUUAGUGAUUAUUUAGGAAAUCCAAGAAAUGUAGCAUCGACUAAUUUUUCUACACUUAUUAAUAAUAUAACUACAUCAUUAAAUUCUAAUCUUUCUACUGAUGCUCCACCUACAUAUGAAUUUAGGCAAAAAAAUCCAUACUUAUUAAAUAAUGAUAAAUAUUUAUCAAAUAAUAAUAAUUCUGAUGAAUGUUCAUUAUUAAAAUAUACAAGUUUUCCUUUAUGUUACUCACCAGCUGUUAUACCACAAUUAAAUUUAUCAUCUAUUGUUAAACCAUCAGAAGUAUUAGAUACACUUACCUCAAAUGAAGGAAUAAAAAAUGAUAAAAUAGUUAAAGGAAAUUUUAAUUCUAAAAAAAUUGCAUGGCCAGAGGAUGAAAAGAAUAAAUAUCCCUCUACAGCUCGUGAUUUAUCUUUUUCAUAUUAUUAUAACAAUGAAGAGAAUAAUAGUGAUAGUAUUUUUGUAAAAAUUGUCCCAAAAUUAGGUCCUUUAAAAGAAAAAGAUGAAGAAGUGCCAUCUUUUGAUGAAGAUGACUUUGAUAUAAGUAAUAUUCCCACUGCUAUCAUAAAAAGUAGGAGUGCUCCAACAACACAAAGAGUUAAAAUAACAAGAAGAGCUCCCUGUGCCAUCGCUUAUCCUAAUACCUCUGCAUUUAUUGGUAUUGUUACAAAUAUGGAAAGUGGUGGUGAUUGGGAGCACGAUUUAUAUGAAGGUUGUUGUACGGAUGAUGAAACUGCAUUACAUUGUGCUGCUGCAAGAGGACAUUUGGAAUGUGUUCAAUCUUUAUUAGAUUGUGGAGCCCCUGUUGAUGGAAGAGAUCAAACUGGUCAAACAGCACUACAUUUAGCCCUACGACGAUCACACAUAGAUAUUGCUUUACUGUUAAUUACCAAGGGUUGUAAUUUAGAUAUACAAGACGAGAACGGUGAUUCUCCUCUUCACGUUGCCUGUCGAUUAGGUUUAAUUAGUGCUGUUCAAACUCUAUGUCAUAUUGGAGCUUCUGUUGAUUUAAGAAAUAUUCAUUCAUUAACUCCACUUCAUAUAGCAGCAAAAGAAGGAGAUAUUGAAAUUAUUAGAUGCCUAAUUUUAGCAGGAGCUGAUGUUAAUUGUCUUACAAAGAACGGUGAGACAGCUGAAAGUAUUGCAUUAUUACAGGAUAAUUUACCUAUAAGCAGUUUGUUAGCAAAAAUGAAAUCUACAUCUAAUAAAAAUUUAUACAUUGAUCAAUUAAUUCCCCAUGAAGGAUCAUUAAAACGUAUAAAAUUAAAAUUAUUUGGUCAUUCAGGAUCUGGUAAAACAAAAUUAAUAUCAGCUUGGAGUAAUUCUGGUGUAAUUAAUCAAUUUCUUGGUGCUGUAUCAAAAAAAUUUUCUGAUAAUAUAUCAUUAUCACCACAUUCAUCAAAUUCAACAUCAACUUCUAUUGGUGCUAUCUCAUUUAAUUCAAGUGAAGAAGGAUAUCAUAGUUGUGCAUCAUCAACAUCCUCCUCCAUGUCUGAAGCAUUACAUAAUAAUAAUUUUCAAAAAUGUCAAGAUUCAACAAAUAUUAAUGGUAGUAAUAGUAAUAAUGUUAAUAAUAAUAAUACCUCACCUGUUUAUUUUAAUCAACCAGCUCAUCCUAAUUAUACAAGAGGUAUUGAUGUACAAAAUGUAAAUAUUAAUGGUGCUGGAGAAUUUUCUAUUUGGGAAUUUGGUGGUUAUGAACCAUAUCAUAUAGCAUAUGAUCAUUUUGUUGGUAAUACUGAUUGUAUACAUGCUGUUAUAUUUAAUUCACAAGAUCCAACUGAAAUACAAUAUAAACAAGUUCUUUAUUGGAUGAAUUUUUUAAAAGGACGUGUCACACCAUCUGAACCAAUUGGACAUUGUGGUAUUGUUAGUAGGAGAAGUAAAGUUGUUAUUGUUGGUACAAAUGCCUCCAAUUCACAAUUUACAAAAAAAAAUAGUAAUGGUGAAUAUAUGUCAUCUGAUCUUGAUGCUAUGUUAAAAACUGUUAGAUUAAGAUUUGAGACACAUUUUGAUAUUCAUGAAUCAAUAAUUCUUUUAGAUUCUAAUAAUAAUAAUUGUUCUGGUAUGAGGGCAUUAAAAAAUUAUCUUCGUACAUCAAGAGAAUUUAUAUUAAAUCGUCUUCAAAGACCAUUAUCAUUAUUAGAUACAUGUCUAUCACAUUUAACAACAAUGCGUAAACAUUAUGAAAAUUUCCCUGUAAUAAGUUGGCCUCAUUUUACAGCAAUUAUUAGAAAUGAAUUAAAUCCUUUAGCAUCUGAUUCACAUAGUCGUCAAUUAAUUCAACAAUUACAAUUAAUAGGAGAAGUUGUUUAUUUAAGAGAUGAAUCUACAGAAUUAGAUUAUGUUGUUCUAAAUCCAGAAUGGUUAGGAACACAUAUAAUUGGUAUGUUAUUAUCUGCUGAAUAUUUAGGAAAAUGUAGACAAACAGGAAUUUAUUCUAUAGAUGAUUUUGCACCUUUAUAUCCUGAAAUUGGUGAUAUUAAUGAUUUGUUACAUAUUCUUGAUACCUUACAAUUAUGUUCACCAACAGAAGGAAAUAAUCCAGAAUCUGAAUUUGAAUUUCCAGCAUUUAUAUUAAAAGAAACACCAAAAGAUUGUUGGAAAAAUGAUAAAAAAAAUUAUGUAUAUGGUGGAAUGAAAAUUUUACCUAUGAGAGGAAUGGAAAGAUCUUUACAAAGUACAUUUCCUCGUAUUCAGACAGCUUUACGAAGAUCUAUGCAUGAUUUUCAAGAUCCAAUGGAUGCUGAUUUAACACAAUGGACAUCAUGUUCAAAGUUAUGUUCUGGUGCAAUGGAAUCAUUAAUUAGAUUAAAAGGUGAUGCUGUUGAAAUAUUGGUACGUGGACCAUCUGAAAUGGCAGCAUCAUGUUUUUAUUUUAUGGAAGAUAUUGCAAAUAUGGUUGAACAUACAGCAUCAGAAGUGGCACCUGGUAUCUCUUUAGAAAGGCAUUUCUUUUCACCAAAACAUUUAAAAGAUCAUCGUCCUAAUCCAGCUAUCUUUCCUCCUGAAGUUAUAAUGGCUAUGCAACAAAAAGAACAAAUGGUAAUAAAAAAUAGUGAUGAUGAGGAGGAAAACUUUAUUGAUGUUGUAUGUUUUGGUUCAAGAGAAGUUGCUUCUGUCUUGACAUUAGGUAUUGAUGUAGGAGUUGCACAAUUACAAAUGGCAUCAAGAUGUGAAUUGGCAGCAUUACUUGAUCCAAGUGAUGCUAUGGGUAGAGAUUGGAGUAUAUUAGCUGUUAAAUUAAAUUUAACAGAUCAAUUACCAGAAGUUGAUUCAACAGGACAAUCAUUAUCACGUACUGAUCAAUUAUUAGCUGAAUGGGCAUUACAAUGUCCGGAGAAUGCUACAGUUGGCCAGUUAUGUUCAAUAUUAGAAGAAUUAGGAAGAAAAGAUGCUAAAGAUGCAUUAUAUAGAACAGUACCAUUAUAUAUAUUUGCUCCAUUAGAAGAUGGUACUGGUAUUGGUAUGGAAACAUUAAUUGAAGGAGAUUGUAAUGAUUCUGGUGUAUAUCCACAUGUAAAUGUAUAA